CGUCCACCUGAUGACGGGCGCCUGUGUUGCGCCAGAAACGUCGUGAUUUAUUUUAUUUUCUACCCACGUGACUUUACCGAAAGAACCAAAGAGUAUGGAUUCCUGCGGUCACGAAAGCUUCAAAUCAACGUCUGAGUAUCACGCGCCGGUGCCGCCCAUUCGUUGAGGUCGGAGUCUGUGGGAGUUUGGGCAUUGAAUUUGACUCGACUUCUCUCUUUUUUUUUGGAUUGUGCUGGAAAAUUAUGAUUUUAUUUUAGUCGUUUUGAGGAUUAGUUGUUUGAGUAAAGAUCGUAUUUAUUAUACACGUAGGGAAAUCAAUAAUAAAUGUUGUUCUGUGUGUCCAACGCACAGCCUCGUCUUCAGUGUUAUCCUCCUGUCCAGGCAAGCAGCCCCUUUGUAUAAUAAUAAUUCUUGAUGAUGUCUUUGACGGUGGUUUACUGAUCGUUACGUCAAUCUGUUCGUGAGUACAACGCACCACGGAUUUGUGUAAAGGCAGUGGAAUUCCACCACCUCGUGAUUUUAUUGUGUAAUUGCAGAUCAAGUGCUGUUCGUCUCGGUAACAUUCCUAGCUCAAUAGACCCCCCUCCCAUUGCCGAGUGGUGGAGAGACUCUCGAAACACGCGGUGUGGGUCUUGGUGGGUGGGAGAUUUGACCCAUAACGUCACGCCGGUCACUGCGGGUUGAUUAAGGCGGGAGGCAUAGACGAAGAGGCAUAGAAGUAUAGCACAACUAUGCAUUUCGCUGCACUGCCUUUUAUUUCGCCGACAACGAAGCAGCCUUCGGCAACGCAGCAGUUUCGUACACGGUGAGCUGUAGGUCGAAAACCAAUAAUUACGAUUUAUCUCUCGUUUAGAAAGAAAAAAAAAACGCAGCAACAAUAAUCAGUGACUCAACUGAAGCGAGCAUUCAAGCACGUGUCGGCUUCACCGAACUCGUCAAGGCAAUACCGUGAACCUUCAAACACGCGCGUACCUACCACCACGUGGCACGCUUUAAGCGCGUUGCUUGCGCGAUCAUCUUAGCACGCGCGCUACUGAUCAAAUAUUCACGUCUCUCAACCGGGGAGCCUCGGAUGGGGCUUCCGGCGCGAUCGAUCCCAGGUUCGGAGAAGGGGGGGGGGGUGAGCGUUUACUCAACCCUCGAGCUCACAGCGCUGACGCCGCGUUGACAAUUCGUCUCGGCCAGCGGCUUCUUCACCUGGGAUGCACGGUACGCCCUCGGGGUGCGAGACACGGCCAGAUGUUUUUAACGCUGGAGCAGCCCACGGCAGGCGAGUGACGGACGGCACCGAAGACGACGACGACGAUGAUGAUGUUUGUUCCUCGUCACCUCGACCACAGCGGCUGUCAGCGUUCCACACUCGGGCGGGAUACGUCUGCGAGCGCAGCGGAGGAGAUGGAGCGGCGGAGGAGGCGCAGAGAGAGGAACAAGGUGGCCGCUGCCAAGUGUCGGAACAAGAAGAAGGAGCGGACAGAGUCCUUACUGCAGGAGUCGGAGAUUCUGGAGGUGCAGAACUCGCGGCUCAAGGCGCUCAUCGAGAAACUCCGCGGCGAGAGGCGCCGCCUGGAGCUGGCUCUGUCGCAGCACCGGGGCGCGUGCCGGGCGCACGGAGACGCCGACGAGUCGGAGCAGCGACUCGUGCUCACGCAGCUCGCGGAACAGCGAGGCCCUUGA